AUGGUGGGCUGGUGGGUGAGUCUUGUGUCCGUAACAGCUGCGUGGCGUCUUCUGGAGAAGAACUGCUGGCCGGAUUUUUCAGCUCACUAUGCGUUGUGUUGCCAGGAGGGGAUCCCCCCUGAUGCCCGCUGCUUCGACGAAGCACGAACCUACGAGAGGUGCUGUGGAUGUCCGGACUCCGGACGUCUGUCCUUCGGUGAGACAUUGAGUCGGCAGUUUUUUGGACCACUGCUUUGCGAUGGCCCCGAGACGACUCCAUCGGUGCACACACACCGAGACGACUUUUGGGUGUCUCACCGGGGGACCGUCCGCUUGCUACGGGUCUUUAUUUAUCCCCUGCCGCGCAUGUUUAACGCAGACCUGCUGAACCGGUUGCAACUGGGUGGAUGGAUGACCGGAAGUGAGUGUGACUACGGUCUCACCCCUUGCACGGAAGCAGCUUGGAAUGGCCUUUUUUCUGUGAACCGUCAGUUUGCCACUGAAGUCAUCAUAUUGCUGAAAUUUCUAGCAGCUCCAGAGGGGGUUCUGACAGAGGACCCCAAUGAAGCAGAUCUUUUCGUCGUCCCCUACUUUGCCAAGACAGAUUGUGCCGAAAGCGGCAACGCGGGUCGCGAUCCUUGUUGGGGAAAAUGCAAGUGUGCUACUGCAGUGAAACAUCUUUUCGCUGCUCUGCCUCACUUUUCCUGGCGCACGCGUGGGCGUCACUUGUUCCUCGCCACCGGUGACAUCAAGGAUUUGCCAGUGGAGAUUCAGUCCCAGCCUUUACUGCUCUCUUUGGGUGCGUCUUUCUGUGGGGGUCAUAUUGUGGUUCCAAGUCCCAACCUUGAUCCAGACCUGCAACCCGGCGCCAAGAUGGAGGACAAAGAAGCAUUGGGUCGUGAGCCGGAGAGGCAUAUUUUCGCCUACUGGUUUGGCUCCAUCGACAAAGUAUGGAGAAAGAGAGUGGUAAGCCAAAUGCAGAAGCACAAGCAGACCAUCGAUGCCAAGAAUGUGGUUAUUCACGGGAUUGAUGGAGACUAUGAGGCUCGAGAUAUUUGGCAAACAUCUGCUACCUCUCCGCAAAUGGUGCUGGAAGAGAUGAUGAGGUCUGUAUUCUGCCCGGUGAUUCAGGGAGAUGUGCCUCAUCAGAAGAGACUUUUUGAUGCCAUGCUCACGGGUUGCCUUCCCGUGGUGAUUGCAUUUCAUUCGCACGUUCCUGGCCACGUCAGCUGGUGGCUUCCUGGUGGGCCACCUGCAGAACGAAUGGUACCUUUCUGGUCGGCCAUUGACUACCGAAGCUUUGUGGUUGAGGUUCCCGAGCAGGAGGUGAGGGCUGGUGAGUUUAUGACACCGUUGAUGCGGAUGGGUCUGCUGGAGAUUCAGCGUCGCCGAGAAGCAAUGUGGUCCACAGGCACCGCCAGCAUCCAGUAUUGGCGCCGUCGAGAGCCAGAUCAGAGACCCAUAUCCGCUUACGCAGUGGCAGCAGCGCAGCGGCACUAUACGAGUAGUGGUCAGGGUCCGCCCAAUGGUGGCACCAGGCAGGUCUUCCAGAGUCAAUUGAGCAAGAGGAGCCGGCUUGCAGUCAAGAUUCUGCCGGGUGCUGCACGACACCGAGGGAUCACCGUGGCCAUCCCCCGACGAGGCCGUGCUGGAGCGGAGGAGCAUAGCUUCAGGCGACUAGAUUAUGUGCUGAGCUCUGACAAGGGUCAAGAGGCGGUCUUUCAUGAGCUGCGGGCCAUGUUGCCAUCUGCAAGUCCAGGAGGCCUGGCUGGCCCGCCCCAGUCUGCUUGCAUCCUGGCCUACGGCCAGACAGGCUCUGGAAAAACUCACACUAUGCAUGGAGGAAGUGGUGAAGAGAAUUGGGGCCUCGUUCCCCGAGUUCUUUCUGAAGUCUUCCAGCUGGCCGGAGCAAGUGGCGCCACUGUGUCACUGAGCGCAGUUGAGAUCUAUAACGACACGGCGUACGACCUCUUGGACGGUGCAGCCACUUCAGCAGGUGAAGCAGCGAAUGAAUCUGCUGGUCGCGCGUUUUCAGCCGGGCGCCUGCCUCCUCCACCGGGGCUGAACUUCCGUCUGGGCUGCCAAUGUGCAUUGGGGCAGGCCACUUCAGUGGAUGUGCUGGCGAUGGAGGAGGCUGAGGCUUUGCUCCUCCAAGCUGCUGAGCGACGCAGCACCAGAAGCACGUGCUUUAAUGCGACCAGCAGCCGUUCACACAGCUUGGUCUUCGUUCAUGCGAGUCUUCCAGGAGCUCACGGUGAGCCCGCGUUACGCCUGGCUUUUGUAGACCUCGCCGGCUCUGAACGGUUGCCAGCAGAGGCUGGUGGUGCAGUGGCCGAAGAAAGCAGACAUAUCAAUCUUUCGCUGUCUGCUCUUGGCUCCGUGAUCCAUGCACUCAGGCAUCGUGCCAACCACUUGCCGUACAGGGCAUGCUUGUUGACCCGGCUGUUGGAGCCCUUUUUCAAGGCCAGUGGGAGAGUGCUGCUUUGUGUUUGCAUCAGCCCCGAGCGCCGCCAUGCGCAGGAAACGCUUUGCUCAAUGGCCUUUGCUGACCGGGCGAGUCGAGCAACUCUUGGGGCAGAGUCUGCACAAGAGGUGCAGCGUGGGGAAGCACUUGAUACCGUGCGCGAGCUGCACGCAGUCUUGCGGAUGACGAUCAGGGACCUGAUUCCGCAGUGCGUUGGAAUGCGGAACACCACUCGCCUUCCUGACUGGCUGGCAGCAGAGGUUCUUGCUUACAUGCCCGAGCAUGGUGGAGCCAUGUUUGUGUGCCGUGCGUGGGCGGAGAUGUGCUUGAGCUACAAGUGGUGGGGGCGCGUGUUCCGCAAGUCGCCGAGCUUGGCGACGCGUGUCUUGCAUUUCCUUAGCUCGAAAAUGGAAGCUGCAGGGGUCUGCAAGACCUGGUGGCAAGCAACAGGGUGUUACCGAGUGACAAUGGAGGCUUCCUCAGCCAAGGUCCUGGAGGCGGGUCAACGCGUAUGGAGUGCGGCUUCCGCGAAGACUCGUUCAGACAUUUGGAAGGCUCUCCUAGCAGCUGGUGGUGGCAGCGAAGUGGCAUCGAAGCCACUGGCACUGAUACGAGAGUGUGUUGUCACUGGUGCGCCGAAGCCAGAGGCCUUGCGGCAAGUGCUGCGCCGCUGCCUUGAGCUGCGCCUGGUAGAGGUGGCAGAGCCUGGUCUUGCAAGCCACGUGUGUGCUGGCCUGAUGCACUGCACUAAGCUCCGUGCCCUAAAGCUUGGCCUGACCCUUGUUCCCAACAUCACGAACCUCAGACAGGUCUUGCAGGCGUGCAAGCAGCUUCGGGUACUCUCUCUUAGCAGCAAUGCGGAUCACCUUGUGUCAUUGCAGUACUUGUCGGAGGAGCUCCCAAAGACUUGUUCUCUCCGAGAGCUCACUGUGGGACGAUGCAAUACCACCUGGAAAGACAUUGAGGCGUUGUGCAAGAGCGCAAAGAUGUUGCAGCAUCUAAGGCUGCCGCAAAGCUUCAUAGAAGUCGGUGGGCCUCUGAACCCUCCGCCACUGGUGCCACUGGCGCGCCUCAAGCUUAGAUGUGUGGACUUUCGAGUUCACUAUGGUCGUGCUCACAAGAACCGAGCCUGGCUGACGGAUGACAUGUUUGGCAUCCUGGGUCAGAUGAGACAUUUGCGAGAACUGCGGGUUGAUGGGCAGAAGCUCUUGAGUGAUCGCUGCUUUUGGUUCCUGCGUCGGCACCACUUUCGCUUGCGCCUGCUGCACUUCAGCGGUUGCCGCCCGAUGUGUGGUGAAAGUGUUUUUGGCUUGUUACAUCUUUGUGAAGGCCUCGAGUCAAUCAGGCUUCCAACGAUCAUCGUUGGACAGUCUGAGAGGAGGCUCGGAGUUGCUGGGGCCAAUCGCUGGUGCCAGGGUUUGCGCUGUGCCUGGCUACGUGAGUUUUCGGUCGAUGCCUGGCCAUCCUUGGAGGACUCUGGUGUGCAGAUGCUGGUUGCACGGUGCCCACAGCUGCGAGCCCUUUGGCUGCGACAGGCCCCUCGGCUGUCGGAUGAUGCAGUGACUUAUGCAGCUGGACUCGAGAAGCUGAAGAGCCUCUCCCUGGCCUCUGCAGCAGGCCUCACUGAUCGCUGUUUGCAAGAGCUACUUGGAUCACGGCUGCGGUCUUUAGAUCUGAGCUGCUGCAGACAGCUGACGGAGGGAGCUGUGGCAGAGUUUGCAAGCAAGGUGGCAGACACUAGCGGCCCUCAGCUCCAAUCUUUACAGCUGGAAGGUUGCCCUAAUCUGGGCCGUGCAGCUGCAGAAGCGCUCUUGGGUUGUGCAGUCUUCGAAGCUGCCGGCCGUUACCUGUGGUUCCCGGCGUUUGCUGGGGCUUCCGCUAAGCAACGGCAGUGCAGAGCUGUCAUGUUGGCCAGCGAUGAAGAGGCCUUGGCGGAGACCAGAGCCACCAUAGGAAUGGAAGGGGACGUUGGUCGUUUGCGAGCUCAAGCAUUGAACCUGAAGUGGCAAGCCUUGGUUGGAGAGGAGGCAGAUGAGGUGAGCCCGGCAACAAAGCUACAGAAGACCGCGGAGGCUGUUUUGCAGGCGAACCAGGCCUUUUAUGCAGCCUUCAACAGCAAGGAUUUGGAUGCCAUGAGCAAGCUUUGGGCUUGCGAGGUCACCAAGUGGGGACCGCUUUUGGUCUUCCAAGACGCGGACGAAUCCUUUAAGAUGAUGUGCAGUUGCACACAUCCACAUAAUCGACGAGUUCAAGGUCGCCCUGAGAUUGUGACAAGCUGGAAUCGAAUUUUCAGUAGCUCAACCUUGCCAACGCUGCAAAUCACAGAUGAGCGAGUGCUGGUCACCUCAGGGGACAUGGCAAUUGUCGUUUGCAAGGAAGAGACGAGCAAUGGAGGUCUCCAUGAAGCGACCAACACCUUUGCGCGGAGUCGAGGGGGCGACUGGUACAUUGUGGGUCAUCAAGCUGGACCAGUCAUGAUGUGA